AUGCUCCCACACAUGUGCACGGGCCAGCGUUGCAGUCCCAUCCAGCUGGAAACCGACAGCCCGUGGGUGGGUGCUGGACCUGGCCCCGUUGAAGCUGCACGGAGAUCCCCCCCCCCUUUGCUCCACCAGGCGAGACGAGUUAGAGUUCCAUUUGCUGGGUGUGCCGAUAAUACCCAUGCCUCGACCGCGGGUACGCGGCCCUCGGACUUGGGGUUCGACCGUGGUAGAGGUGCUGAUUGA